UACUCCACGUGGUCUUAGAAAACUUCCUUCUCCACCGGGUUAUAAAUUUUAUACUGAAUGGGCGAAAAGUUUGGGUGAUAUUUAUGGUAUACAUAUGGGUCAACAAUAUUGGAUUAUAUUAACUAGUGAUAAAGUUGCUGCUGAACUUUUGCAAAAGCGUGGUGGAAAGUAUUCAUCUCGUAUGCCAAAUUUUUACUUUUACCAAGUAAUGUCAAGAAGUAAAGGUUUCAUUGGUUGUUCAUACAACGAAAGAUAUAGAAAGCUUACACCUAUCAUGCAUGGAAUUCUAGGUCAACGGAAUGUAAAAGAAAAAUCUGAUUUAAUCGACAUGGAAUAUCGUAUACUUAUGCAAAACCUUUAUCAAGUUUCAAUGAACAAAAAUGAUGCUUUUUAUCCUAAAAAGCACUUUCAACUUGCAGCUUUGAACAUUAUCACUCUUAUAUGUGUAGCCAGACGUAUAGAAAGUAUUGAAGAUCCAUCAUAUAAAUAUUUUGAAGAAUUUACGAAAAUGCACUUAGAAUUUGUUAAAGUAACAAAUAGAUUAGGUGACUUUUUUCCAAUAUUGAGGUGGUUUUCGGGUAAUAAAUUCUAUCAUAAAGUAAUCGAACAUAGAAAGAUUUUGGAAACCUUUUAUGGAAAUUUUGUUAAUGAAGUUAAAGAUGAUAAAGAGAAGAAACCUUGUGCUAUUAGAGAUUUACUUCAAAAAGUAGACGAAGGUAUAUUAGAUGAACUAGAUAUUACUCAUAUGACUGAUAAUAUAUUUUCUGCUGGAACUGAUACAAUUUCCGCAAGCUUAACAUGGAUCGUAGCUGCUUUAGCUAAUAAUCCUCAAGUUCAGUCUAAGGCUCAUCAAGAACUUGACCGAGUAAUUGGUCAAUCUCGUUUACCAACAGUUUCUGAUGAACCAAAUAUCCCUUAUAUAUGUGCUAUAAUUAAAGAAGGACAAAGAUACUGUCCGCCUACUCAUAUUGGUAUACCUCAUUAUAUUGAAGAGGAUGAUGAAUAUAAUGGAUAUCAUAUUCCUGCAAAUUCUGCUGUGAUUUUAAAUGUAUAUGGAAUUCAUAUGGAUGAGAAAAGAUAUGAAAAUCCUAAAGAAUUUAAACCUGAAAGAUUUUUAGGAAUUACUGAAAGAAGCGCAAUUUUAGCAAAUGGAAAUUAUGAAAGUAGAGAUCACUUCAGUUUUGGAGCUGGGAGAAGGCUUUGUACUGGUAUUCAUUUAGCUGAGUUAGAACUUCUAUUAGCAGUUUCGCGUCUUCUCUGGUGUUUCAAAAUAGAAAAUGCGUCACCAUUAGACAAAGAUGGAAAGCCAAUACCAAUUGAUUUAGACAAAGCACGUCUAGGAAUCACUGUUUGGCCCGAAGAGUAUCAUAUUAAAUUAGUUAAAAGACAUGAUAAUGUUGAAAAAGUUCU